AUGUCUGAAGACAGUGCCGUUAAUUUACAAGAACCAGAAAGUAGUGCUUUGAGUAUAAAUGAAGUUGAAGAAGAUGAGGGAAACCGUGAGAUUUUUCUGAGUGUAUUUGUUCAACAAGGACAAAUUGGACUAAGUUAUUAUGACAGUUGCGAUUGUACGCUGCAUUUUAUGCCGGACACCAUGGACAACAGCGACCUCCACCUUCUGGAUAGAGUCAUACAGGAGCUGAGUCCAAACGUCUUUAUAACAAGUGCAAAACAAGAGCAGAGCUUGACUGACUUUAUCGAGAAUCUUGAAUUAAAUCCUGAAUAUAAGCCUGAAAUCGUCAUGUUUCCAAAUGCAAACUUUGGUCUGGAGAUCAGCAGACAGCGACUCCUCUCAGCACACAUCCCGUCUCUCCCUCCCAACAUCACUGAGGGCGAGAAAAUCCCGUUUCUCUCUUCCUGUAUCCCAUUAGACUCUGUGCUGAUGAUGAGGUCAAUGGGAGGGCUGUUGAAGUGUCUGGAAAGGAGGGGAGUUGGCUUAGACAUGGAAGACAGCAGUAUUGGCGUCCCCAUAUUGCAGUUUUUGGCUUAUACACUGAAAGAUGUUGUGUACAUCGACAAAGACACAUACAGUGCACUCCAGAUCUUUAAAUCUGAGCUACAUCCUUCCGUCUUUAAGCUCCAGUCAGGAGAGAAAGAAGGAUUGAGUCUUUAUGGUGUCCUGAAUUGCUGUCGGAGCAAGUUUGGCUCUCUGCUUUUACGGCAGUGGUUUCACAGACCUACUAGAGAUCUGAACGUUCUGGAGAGGCGUCAGCAAGUGAUCCGUUUCUUCACGUCGCCUCGUAACUUUGCUGAUCUUAACACUUUGCAGAGUUCCCUGCGGAAUAUCAAGAACAUCUCGACGCUGCUGCAUAAAAUGUCUCUCGCUAACCCAAAGGUUGUCAUCUGGCAAAGUCUAUAUAAGACUGUGUACAAUGCGUUGUGCAUUAGGGACACCAUUCGUUCCAUGCCCCAGUCCAUCCAACUCUUCAGUGAAAUCAGUCAAAACUUCACCGAUGAUCUUUUCUACAUCGCCACAUACAUCAGUAAAGUGGUGGACUUUGAAGGAAGUGUGGCUGAGCACAGAUUCACUGUUAGGCCGAAUGUUGAUCCUGUUAUUGAUGAGAAGAAAAGGAGGAUGAUGGGUCUCCCAGAUUUCCUGACGGACGUAGCUCGUGCUGAGCUGGAAAAUCUGGACCCUCGCUUCUCCACCUGCAGCAUCAUCUACAUCCCUCUGAUUGGAUUUUUACUCUCGGUGCCAAGAUUACCCACCAUGCUGGAUAAACAGAGCUUUGAUAUUGAGGGUCUUGAUUUCAUGUUCCUGUCAAAGGACCAACUGCAUUACCGCAGCGCUCGAACCAAAGAGCUGGACAGCAUGCUGGGAGACCUACAUUGUGACACCUUGGAUCUGGAGAUGGCGGUAAUGAGGAAGCUUCAGGCCUCAGUGCUUCAACGGAGUGACUGUUUGUAUAAGGUCAUGUCUCUGUGUGCAGAGCUGGACUGUCUCAUGGCUUUAGCUCAGGCUUCUCUGGAUCACGGCUACUGCUGCCCAAACCUGACAUCAAACCACAGACUGACCCUGACUGAGUCACGCCAUCCUUUGCUAGAGCUGUGUACUCCAGUAUUCGUGUCAAACACCUACAUCAGCUCGGAAACUGAAGGCAAAGUGAAAGUUAUUACAGGACCAAAUUCCUCCGGCAAGAGCAUCUAUCUGAAACAGGUGGGGCUGAUUGUGUUCAUGGCGCUGAUCGGCUCAGAUGUUCCUGCUAAAGAGGCAGAGAUUGGGCUGGUGGAUGGAAUCUUUAGCCGCAUGCAUAGCCGUGAGUCUGUUUCAGUGGGUCUGAGCACCUUUAUGUUGGACUUAAACCAGAUGACAGGUUCCUUGAACCACAGCACUGGGGAUUCUCUUGUUCUAGUGGAUGAGUUUGGUAAAGGAACCAACACUGUGGAUGGAUUGGCUCUCCUGACUGCGAGCAUCAAUAACUGGAUGCGUCGUGGGCCUCAGUGUCCUCACCUGCUUAUGUCGACUUGCUUUCACAGCCUCAUACAGCUGGGCUUGGUCUCUGAUUCUCCACUGCUGGAUUUACUGACUCUAGAGACCGCAAUAGAAGGAGAAGAGCUGGUGUUUUUGUACCAAGUGAAAAACGGUAUCUGCCAGUCUAGUUGUGCGGCUAAUAUUGCCACUCUGGCCGGCAUUCCCGAUGAUCUGGUCAGGAGAGGAGUGGAAGUGUCAGAGUUAUACAGAACAGGAAGAACCAUCAGAAAGAUGGACAGCUCAUCUUCAGAGGAACAGUACAGUAGGUGUGUUGAGGUGGUGGAGAAAUUCCUCAGUAUUGAUCUGGAUGACCCUGAGUUGGACCCCGAUUCUUACUUGAAAGAUGAGGUGCUCCCAACACUUGAAGAGGUGUUGUGAUAACAUCGAAGCUGUGCCGUGAGACAUUGGGUUCAUUUUGUGGGAAUUUAGGAGAAAUCAAUUUUAUUUCAAGGUUUCAACAUUCACACAUGCAAACAUUUAAACCUGGUUAUAUUAUACUCGUUAAGAAUAAUUCAAAACAUUUUUAUGAUUGGUGAUUUUUUUUGAUUUACCAAAUCGGUCAGUGUACAUGCCUUUUUUAUUUAUGCUUUGAAUUGGACAUUAAUUCCUCAGAUUGAUUCAAUAAAAAAAAUCUGUAAUAUAAAUUUGUUCAUG